AUCCUAGCAUAUGCACGACACUAAUUUCUUUAGAAAACCCGGGAACAUUUAAAUCGCACCUUCUCUCCCAAGAACCCUAAACCAUCCUUUCGAAAAAAUAAAAUUCACUUCCUAUCAAAAAGGCAAAUCGAAAAUCUCCCUUCCCGUUUGCUGUUUUCAGUUCAAUCUCCUUUUCCUUAUUACCCAUUUAAUUUUGUUCUUUCUUUAUUACCUUUUAUUAUCACCCUAUGCCCUGCCAAAGCCUACUGGGCCACAAAUGCCAGUUAAUUGAAUGUAAAAUAGAAACGGCGUGUCAAGUAUCAUUUCUCCUAGCCCUCUCCUUUUUGAAUUAAGUGAUGAAAUUAUCUAAAUUUUGAAUUGAGUUCUGAUAUAGAAGAGGAAGUAGCACACUGCAUUUCAUGGCUUACGAUUCUUCCCCUCAUGGCCGUGUGCAUCAGUUUGUGUUAGAGGGCACAGAAUCAAAGCCUUUGGACACAGAAUCAGCAGAACCGGUGACCCUUUUGAUUAAGCACCUACCAGAAGCCAUUCCUCAUGACACCCUUUCUCGAAUCUUCGCAAAUUUCGGUGCUUUCUCGGUGCGCCCUUGCUCUAGUGUCAGGUUGAAAAAUUGUGCUUUUGCAGAUUUCAAAAAUGAGAUGGUGGCAUCUCAAGCACAACAUCAACUACAUGGGUUGAGAUUUCUUGGCAAAGUCUUGUCAGCAGAGAGAGCGAGUAAGCUAACUGGUAAUGGUGAAAAUAGUAGCGGUGAUCAGUUGGGUAAGGACUCUAAAACAUCAAUGCUGAAGAAUGCAAAUGUAGGCAAACCUGUUGAUGGAGAUACAAAAUCAAGAGGCCUCCCUAUUCCUGAGCCAAUUGCUGAUAGACUUGGUGUCAAUUAUCCUUUUCCUCCUCAUCUUGAGUAUGCUUACCCUCCACCUGAUGGAAAUAUAUUAACGAAUAUUGUGAAUGCUCUAAUUGCUGUUCCGCGCUUUUACACUCAGGUUCUACACUUGAUGAACAAAAUGAACAUCCCUGCUCCAUUUCGUAUGGCACUGCCCACACCUCCCUUACCUCCAGAGGUACCAGCACCACCUCCUCCUACUGUAACUAUUAAUCCUCAGUCUGCAUAUCUGUCCAGUGAUGAAUCAGAGAUGGAAUCGUCCGAUGAGGAGUGUGACGCAAGCACAAAAAAGUCUGGACAAAAGCGUGCCAGGCGUGAGGCAAUUGUUGGCCCUGCUAUUGAUAAAGGUGUGGCUCAUGAGUCUGUUGGAGUAAAACCAGCCACCUUAGUCCCAAAAGAAAUCCCUAUGAUAAAAAAGAACCAUGUGUUAAAGAUAAACAUUGUCCCCAAAGCAACACUAAGUAAACAUAGAGAUGAUGAGACAACACAAGAGUUGCAAGAGCCAGAAAAAGAUGUUCCUGAUCCUAGCAAAUUUUUGACUCCAGAUGAAUUAGAGAAAGGAAAGUUGCCUCCUGAGGAAAUCUUAUCCCUUCCGAUGUUUAAGAACUAUACAGCUGGAAAUCCUGCUCCUGUGUUGUAUGUUAAGAAUUUGGCAAAAGAUGUGAUUGUUGAUGAUUUCUAUUAUAUAUUUGGGUCCUUAUUUGGAAGUGUUGAAGCUGCUAAGUCUGGUCUUCAAGUCAAACUAAUGCAGCUUUCAAUUUCAGGAAGGACGAAUGAGGGGUCAGGCAUUUCUGACAUUCCCCUCUGUUGAAUUGGCUCAUCUUGCUCUGAAUCGGGUGAAUGGAUAUGUAUUAAAAGGAAAGCCAAUGAUUAUACAGUUUGGUCGGAAUCCCGCUGCUGCUAAAGCUUGAUUGAGUGCAUGUACUGAUGUAUAACAGAUGACUAAUGAUGCAUUCUUAAUUCACUCAUGGGGAGAGGACCCUGCACUAACCACUGAGACUACAACAUUCAGCAAUGACAGUGAUAUGAAGGCUAGCACGUAUACUCUCCUUGGGCUUAUGUAUGCUAUGUGAAUCUAAACUUCACACUGUUGGCAAUAGGGGUUGUGAAUGCAGACCAACGUUGGCAAUAUGAAGGGUUUAUUACAUAUAUUAUUUCUCGGAUGAUUUUCAGCUCUGGGAGCAACAGUAUAGGGAACUUGGAUCCAGUUGGACAAUUAUGGUUGACAAUGAUACAGCAUGGCUCUGACAACGUAGAUAUGUAUCAGGUCUAUAAAAAUUUUCGUUUUGCAGCUUGCCAUUGCAAAUGCCAACAUUCCUACACGGAGAGAUACAUACAUGUAUCGCAUUGUCUUUUUGUAAUGUCUAAGAAACAGAGAAUUGAAAUUAUCGAACUGAAUGGUUUGAUUUUUGUUUACUAAAAAAAAAAUAGUUGCAAGCAUAACAUUUAUAGUUAUUCUACAACAGAUGAAGGUCGUCCUUCUUUCAGACUCAAUAGGCAGAAUCUUCAGAAGAAAAGAUUUUCACAUUGAGUUUGCCUAUGAGAAAUUCAAUGCGAGAUGAGGGACUUGGUCAACGCAUCAGCCCACAAGAAUGUGAAAAAUAAAAAGUUGUUUUGCUAGAACUAGUUCUUCCACAAAGAAAACAUCAAUUUCCUUGUGUUUGGUGGGCUAUGAAGCCUUUGGUUAUGUGUAAUGAAAACAACACUUUGAAUAUCACAACGAAGAACGUGCAACUUAACUUUUGUACUCAUCUUCGGUGCUUGAGCUAGAAACAACUUUCUGCUUUCUAGACCACCAGAGAUUAAAUUUGAACCUAGAUGGUUGCAGCAGAUGUAGAUAGUCUACCAUUCAAAUCAAAUGUCCAAUCAGCAUAAUAGAAGGCUCUAUUUGACAAAGGUCAAGUAAGGGGGCUAGAUUGAAGAUGCAGUCCGUGAGGCAAUUUUCUUGAGGUAGUCAGAAUAUAGGGCUUCGCCAAAAUCUAAAAAACUGACAAAUUUUAUUAAUUACAAAGCUGAUUUUAAGUCUAGUGAGAGUGG